AUGCUUCCACGCACCAAGUACAAUCGCUUCAGGAAUGACUCGGUGACAUCGGUCGAUGACCUUCUGCACAACCUGUCGGUGAGCGGCGGUGGCAAGGUCUCGGCGGCGCGCGCGGCCCCGGCGGCGGCUCCCUACCUGGUGUCCGGAGACGCGCUGCGCAGGGCGCCCGACGAUGGGCCGGGCAGCCUGGGCCACCUGCUCCACAAGGUGUCCCACCUGAAACUCUCCAGCUCGGGCCUCCGCGGCCUGUCGGCGGCCAGGGAGCGGGCGGGCGCGCGGCUCUCGGGCAGCUGCAGCGCGCCCAGCCUGGCCGCCCCGGACGGCAGCGCGCCCCCCGGCCCCCGCGCCCCGGCCAUGCGCGCCGUCAGGAAGGGCCGACCCGGCGACGAGCCGCCGCCCCGCGCCCCGCACGCUAGCGACCAGGUGCAGGGGGCCGGAGUCACCUACGUCGUCAAGUACUUGGGGUGCAUUGAAGUUCUUCGCUCAAUGAGGUCACUUGACUUCAGUACAAGGACACAAAUUACCAGGGAAGCCAUCAGCCGGGUUUGCGAAGCGGUCCCUGGCGCCAAGGGAGCCUUCAGGAAAAGAAAGCCUCCGAGCAAAGUGUUGUCCAGCAUCCUGGGCAAGAGCAACCUCCAGUUUGCGGGGAUGAGCAUCUCCCUGACCAUAUCCACCGCCAGCCUGAACCUGCGGACCCCAGACUCGAAACAGAUUAUAGCGAAUCAUCACAUGCAGUCCAUCUCCUUCGCCUCUGGGGGAGACCCGGAUACAACAGACUACGUUGCGUACGUAGCUAAGGACCCUGUUAAUCGCAGAGCUUGUCACAUUCUGGAAUGUUGUGACGGGCUGGCCCAGGAGGUCAUCGGCUCCAUCGGACAAGCCUUUGAGCUCCGGUUUAAGCAAUAUUUGCAGUGUCCUUCCAAGAUCCCCACUCUCCACGACCGAAUGCAGAGUCUAGAUGAGCCAUGGACUGAAGAGGAGGGUGAUGGCUCAGACCACCCGUACUACAACAGCAUUCCAAGCAAGAUGCCUCCUCCAGGGGGGUUUGUAGAUGCUCGACUGAAAGCCAGACCCCACGGUCCUGACACAGCCCAGUUUGCAGGAAAAGAGCAAACUUACUACCAGGGGAGACACUUAGGAGACACGCUUGGCGAAGACUGGCAGCAAACACCUGUCAGGCAAGGUGAGAGGCAAGGGUCUUUGGACAUCUACAGCAUGCCGGAAAGGAAAUCGCAUGUGGCCCCUACGGGAGAAGCCCCCACCUAUGUCAACACCCAGUGUAUCCCGCUGCAGGCUGGGCUGGCCGCGGGCAGCAGUGCAGAAAGCAGCCCACGGAAAGACCUCUUUGACAUGAAACCUUUCGAAGAUGCUCUCAAGAACCAGUCCUUGGGGCCUGUGUUGAGCAAGGCAGCCUCCGUGGAGUGCAUCAGCCCCAUCUCACCCAGAGCCCCGGAUGCCAAGAUGCUGGAAGAGCUGAAAGCAGAGCCUUGGUACCAAGGGGAGAUGAGCAGGAAGGAGGCAGAGGGGCUACUGAAGAGAGAUGGAGACUUCCUGGUCAGGAAGAGCACCACCAACCCAGGCUCCUUUGUCCUCACUGGCAUGCACAACGGCCAGGCCAAGCACCUGCUGCUCGUGGACCCGGAAGGCACGAUCCGGACAAAGGACAGGAUCUUUGACAGUAUCAACCACCUCAUCAACCACCACCUGGAGAACAGCCUGCCCAUCGUCUCUGCCGGGAGUGAGCUCUGCCUUCAGCAGCCGGUGGAGAGGAACCCGUGACCUGCCAGCUGCCCCGUCCCGACCCUGCACCUGCAGUCAGGAGGGCUCAGUUCUUCCCGGUAGAUGGGUACUGGGCCAUGGGAACUCAAGCAUCUGCCCACUGGCUCAGAGCUUUGUUCAACAGCCCCAGGAGGAAGGCCUCCCUAAAGUGCAAGUUUCAUAAACUUGUUCCGAAUUCUCAUGUGCAUACUAAAGGUGUACAUACCUAUACAUCCUGUACAAAUUAUCCCUCUAUAUUUAUAUUUUUUAAGACUAAGAAAGAUGUAAGACUAAUGUUCUGUGCUGUAUGUUUUUAAUGAAAACAAAGUUUGACUGUAGUUGUCCGGGCAAAAUGUUAAUUCAGCUGGCCCAUUCCACUGGGAAAGUCCACUGGGAAGGUGUUACCUACUAAGCACAAUACAGGGAAUAGAAGCUGCAGGAGGGUCGGUAAUAAACACCUGGGAUUGUAAUAGAAUAAGGCAAGAUGCUGUCUACGGUCUGCAUGUAAAGCCCUGUGAAGUGCGGGUCCUCGUGGCUGUCCCUCCUCCUUGGCGACGCCUCCCAGCCUGCCUGCAUCACACCUGUGUGCACGGGGUUUGCAGCACCAGAGAUUAGGGCUGCUGUGCUGAAGAGCAGGCGUUACUCCAGCUGUUUCAGGUAGUGCUGAGCACAGGAAUGCCGUCUCCCAUGACCCUGGUUGUCCAGGGGUUCUUGGGGAUCCACUUUGCUGCCAAAUAGGGCACAAAAUAAGCCUCACUGAUCAAGAUCUUGACAGGUAAAUGCUUCCUUUGUUUUGAUCUGUAUAAGGACAAAAUGAGGAUUUGUGGAGGGGUAGUUGGCGGUUUGUACAUCCUCUUAGCCAACGGGCUGCUGCAGUACCUGCUAGUAAAACCCCGCCCCCUUUAUAUUCAGUAGAGGAAGAAGCAUGUGUACGAUCUGUGCGGAAGACAGGUGCAAACACAUGUGCUCAGAGUUCCUGCCUGGAGACAUUCCAUCAGCUGUGGCUGUUUCAGGUUUGCCUGAAGCUCGGGACCAGGCUCAAGAGCUUUGGGAAUUAG